UCGACUUGUCCAUAAAGAGGUUUUUGUUUUCUCUCACUCACUCUAUUGUUUCUGAUUUUCCUAUCUCUCUCUCUAGAUUCUCUCUCAGAGGCGCAGAAGAUUUUAGUUCUUGCUCUUUGCUCUUUGUUUAAGGUUUGCAGAUUGUCAAUCACUUGUCUCAAUUAUUAUUUAGGGGCUCAAUGGAUAUGGAAUGGAGCAAGGCAAGAACUGCAGAUGUGGAACAAUUAAGGGACGAGGAAGCAGAAGAAAUGGAAGAAGAAAAUGACAGUGGGCUUGGUAAGGGCAUAAGUUCUAGUUCAAAAUACAAGGAGAAGUCCAUAGAGUCACGAACUAAGGAUCAUCAAAAAAAUAGAGAAAGGCAUAAGGAUGGGGAUAGAAAGAAAGAGAAAAGGCAUGAGGAUUCAAAUCACAGGGACAGAGAUAAAGGGAAAUCUCGAGCAUCUUCAAAGGAAAGAAGGAAGGACGAAAAUGGGGCUGAACGGAGAAGAGUGAAGGAUAGAGCUGGGAGCAUUGAGAAUAACAGAGAGAUGGAGCAGGGAAAGAGUAAGAGGGAAAAUGAGCAUCACAGAGAUAGAGAAGAUCAUAGUAGGGACAAAGAGCGAGAAAGGGAUAGAGAGCGUAAAGAGCAUGACUGGGAUAGAGAUAAGGAGAAGGAGAGAGACAAGGAUAAAACACGAGAGAAAGAGCGUGACAGAGAUAGGUACACUGAUAAGGAACAUGAUAGGGACAGGGAGCGAGAUAGGGCUAGAGAGAAGGAAGAUGACAGGGGAAAAGAGCGAGACAAGGAACGAGAAAAGGAUAGAGAGAAAGAGAGAGAACACGAUCGUGAUAGAGAGAAAGAGAGAGAACACGAUCGUGAUAGAGAGCGAACAAGAGAACGGGGGAAGGAGAAGGAAAUAGAGAAAGAGAGGGAAAGGGAAAAGGACAAAGAUAGAGAGAAGGAGAAAAACAAGGAGAGAGAGAAAGAGAAAGAUCGAUCAAAGGAUAGAGAAAAAUUAAGAGAUCGGCAAAGAGAGAAGGACAUAGAGAGAGAUGGGUUGGAAAAGGACAGAAUGAAGGAAAAACUUAGGGAAAAGGAAAAGGAAAGAGACAAGUAUAGAGAGAAGGAGAGAAUUAGUGACAAAGAACGUGAUAAGGUUAAGGGCAAAAGUAAGGAUCACGGUCGUGAUAAGGAGUUUGACAGAGGAAAGGAGGGAGAAAAGGAGGCUAAGCCUAAAAUAGAUGCCUGGGAUGGCAGGGAUAUCACAGAGCAAGAAGAUAAUGUACAAGAUGACAAGGAUAAUACAUAUGAUAGGACCGGUGCAAUGGAUCACAAAGAAAAGAAUGAGAUACAAGCAGGGGUUUCUCGACCAUCAACCUCAGAAAUUGAAGAGCGGUUAGCAAAAAUGAGAGAGGAGCGGAUGAAGAAGAAAAAUGAGGGGGUUUCUGAAGUCUCAUCAUGGGUAAACAAGAGUAGGAAGAUCGAGGAAAAGUUGAGUUCUGAAAAGGAGAAAGCUUUGCAUCUAGCCAAGGUCUUUGCUGAGCAGGAUAGUGUGGUUCAAGAAAGUGACGAGGAAGAGGAGGCUCAGCAUAGUGGAAAGGAUCUUGCUGGGGUGAAGGUUCUUCAUGGGCUUGAACAAGUAAUAGUUGGAGGAGCUGUAGUCUUGACUCUAAAAGAUCAGAAUAUACUUGCUGAUGGUGACCUUAACAAUGAGGUGGAUAUGCUCGAGAAUGUGGAACUUGGAGAACAAAAACGUCGUGACGAGGCUUAUAAGGCUGCAAAGAAAAAACCUGGGAUCUAUGAAGACAAGUUUGCAGAUGAUGAUGGUUCUCAGAAGAAAAUCUUGCCUCAGUAUGAUGAUACUUCGAAGGAUGAGGGAGUUGCUCUGGAUGAAAGUGGGCACAUUACCAGGGAAGCACAGAAGAAGCUGGAAGAGCUUCGGAAAAGGCUACAGGGCGCUUCUACUGGACAACAUUUCGAAGACCUCACCGCAACAGGCAAGGUCUCAUCAGACUAUUAUACCCAGGAAGAAAUGCUUCAAUUUAAGAAACCCAAGAAGAAAAAAGCAUUACGAAAGAAGGUCAAACUUGAUCUAGAUGCCCUAGAAGCUGAAGCCAUUGCUUCUGGGCUAGGAGUAGGGGAUCGAGGCUCUAGGGCUGAUGCUCAGAGGCAGAGAGCUAAAGAAGAAGAAGAGUGGGCAGAGGCCGAAACCAGGAAAGAAGCAUACCAAUCUGCCUUUGCUAAGGCAAACGAGUCCACAAAAGCCCUUAGAGAAGAGCAAACUUUGAAAGUUGAAGGUGAUGAAGAUGAAAAUCUUGCUUUUGGAGAUGAUGAAGAUCUGCACAAGUCUAUAGAAGAAGCAAGAAAAUUAGCUCGCAAAAAGCAGGAUGAAGGAGCUGCUUCUGGUCCCUUGGCAGUUGCCCAGCUAGCAGUGUCUGCUAGCGAGUCAAAAGAUGCAGAGGCCUCAGGGGAGCCACAAGAGAACAGACUUGUGUUCACUGAGGUGGAUGAGUUUGUCUUGGGUUUGCAGCAUGAUGAAGGUGCUCAAAACCCUGAUGCUGAAGAUGUUUUCAAAGAAGAUGAUGAAGUCCAAAAUCCUAUUAAGCAGGAUGAACCAAUGGAGCAGGUUGGUGGGUGGACAGAUGUAAUAGAGAGUGAAAAAGACGAACAGAUGAAAACUGAGGAGGAUGAGGAGGUGGUCCCUGAUGCAACAAUCCAGGAAGCAGUUGUUGGGAAAGGUCUCUCAGGGGCCCUUCAACUGCUGAAAGAGAGAGGAACACUCAAGGAGGCAAUUGAUUGGGGUGGAAGGAACAUGGACAAAAAGAAGAGCAAGUUGGUUGGUGUCCGUGAGAAUGAUGGGGCAAAGGAAAUUGUCCUUGAUCGCCUGGAUGAAUUUGGUCGCAUUAUGACUCCAAAAGAGGCAUUUAGAAAGCUUUCUCACAAGUUCCAUGGCAAAGGCCCUGGGAAAAUGAAGCAGGAAAAGCGGAUGAAGCAGUUCAUGGAAGAAUUGAAGUUGAAGCAAAUGAAGGCUUCAGAUACCCCGCUAUUGUCGAUGGAGAAAAUGAGGGAGGCACAAGCAAAGACACGGAGCCCUUACAUUGUGCUUAGUGGUCAAAUAAAACCAGGGCAAACCAGCGAUCCAAGAAGUGGCUUUGCGACUGUGGAGAAGGAUCAACCUGGAAGCUUGACUCCUAUGCUUGGAGAUAGAAAGGUGGAGCAUUUCCUUGGGAUCAAACGCAAGGCCGAGCCCAGCAACAUGGGUCCACCCAAAAAGCCCAAGGGUUAAAAAGAAGUUCGCCCUUGAUGUCAUUGUAAUAUAUAAUUUUCAGAUAAAUAUUUCAGAAAAAUUAUGAGUCGAGUGAAGCUGCCGCGUAUAGACGGAUCAGUUUUUUGUUCUGGCGUUUUCUUAUGACUCCGCAAUAUUUUUUGUAUUUCAGGGAGGAAACAUAUGGGGAGGGUCUUUUUGUCGAUCUCUAUCUCAUAAUAUAAUACAUAUUUUUUAUUGAAAA